UUCGAGCAUUUCCAGGUUAUACAACGAGACAUCUCGCGUACAUAUCCUGAAGAAGAAUUUUUCAAAGACGGUGGAAGGGGACAGGCAUCCCUUUUUAAUGUAAUAAAGGCCUACUCCAUCCAUGAUCAAGAAGUCGGGUACUGUCAAGGAAGUGCUUUCAUUGUUGGCUUGUUAUUGAUGCAGAUGCCGGAGGAAGAAGCUUUUGCAGUGCUGGUUCGCUUGAUGGAGAAUUAUCGUCUUCGUGAGCUCUACAAGCCGGCCAUGACAGAUCUCGGCCUGUGCAUGUUUCAGCUAGAGUGUCUUGUCCAAGAACAGAUGCCGGACUUACACAGCCAUUUUAACAACAUGGGAUUUGACACUUCAAUGUAUGCGUCGUCGUGGUUUCUCACGCUAUUUACAACCAGCCUGCCAGUUAGAAUAGCCAAUCGUAUUAUGGAUUGCUUUCUCAUUGAGGGAUUGGAGUUUAUAUUUCGUGUCGCUAUGUCGAUCCUACAACAAGCUCGUUUCGAACUGCUUCGAUUAGACAUGGAGGGAAUGCUCAAGUACUUCCAACGAGACAUGCGUGAACGCUUCGAAAACGAUGCCGACUUACUGAUUGCUGUUGCAAACAAAGUGCAUCUGAACGCAAGAAGAAUGCGAAAGUGAGU